AUGAGCAGCGGAACGUCCUUGUUUGCGGCGCUGGGGCUUUUGGGUCUGCUUAGGUGUGUGCGGAGCUGUACCAACUUGAUUGUCUCCAAGGGAGCGUCUGCUGAUGGUUCUACCUUGUUUUCCUACACGGCUGAUUCUGGAAGUUUGUAUGGCACACUGGGACAUCUGCCGGCCGGACAGCACAAGCCUGACGAAAAGCGCCAGAUCUGGGACUGGGACUCCGGAAAGUACUUGGGAGAGAUUGAUGAGGUUCCUUACACAUACAAUGUGAUCGGAAAUCUCAACGAACAUGGGCUGGCCAUCGGUGAGACAACUUUUGGUGGUAAUGAAACCUUGGGUGGAGGCGAGGGUGUGAUGGAUUAUGGGAACUUGAUUUGGGUGACGCUGCAGCGGAGCAAGACUGCCCGCGAAGCCAUCCUGACGUUCGACAAGCUUGUCAGCGAGUAUGGCUAUGUUUCAGACGGGGAGUCUUUCACGAUCGCUGACCCAAACGAGGUGUGGGUCCUGGAGAUGAUUGGUAAAGGCAAGUUUGAGAAAGGAGCCAUAUGGGUGGCAGUCCGAAUUCCAGAUGGACAUGUCAGUGGUCAUGCCAACCAAGCUCGCAUUCAGAAGUUUCCGUUGAACGACUCUUCCGUGUGUGUCUACUCUGAUGAUGUCAUCAGCUUUGCUGAGAAAAUCGGGCUGUGGGAUAGCAGCCGGAAGAAGGAGGACUUCAGCUUUGCUGACACCUAUGACCCCAUCACUUUUGCUGGAGCACGCCUGAGCGAUGCCAGAGUGUGGUCUUUCUUAUCCAGGGUCGCUGCAGACCGCAGCUUUGAGAAGACGUAUGAGAGCUAUGUGCUUGGCCACAACGUUUCAGCUGCUGCUCGCAUGCCUCUCUCUGUUGAAGCUGGUGCGAAGAUAUCUGCGCUUGACCUGAUGUCCUACAUGCGAAACCAUUACGAAGGCACGGUGCUCGACUCCCGCAGCGACGUGGGGGCAGGACCUUCAGGUUCUCCCUUCAGGGCCAGGCCUCUCGAGUGGCACCUCGGAGCCGACGCGUACGUCCACGAGCGCAGCGUUGGCACGCCCCAGGCUGGAUGGAACUUCAUCGCCCAGCUUCGAUCAUGGCUUCCACCAGCUAUUGGCGGGCUGCUCUGGUUUGGAGUCGAUGACGCAUCAUUCUCAGUGCAUGCUCCUUUUCAUGGCGGUACAACGCGAGUUCCGCACAGCUAUGCCGAUGGAAACGGGGAUGCCUUGACGUUCUCCAGGGACUCUGCAUUUUGGGCAUUCAAUACCGUGGCGAACUUUCUGUACCCCAGGUGGUUUGCGGCGGCUGGCGUCGUGCAGCAAGCCGGCGAGGCGGAGGAGCACUUCGCCCGGGCACUGGAACUGGAGGAACUGGUCGCAGUGGCAAAGUAUCGAAAGGAUCCUGCAGCUGCCUUGGAGUACUUGACCGCGGCAGACGGUGCAAGGGCCGACAAAAUUGUUCAAGAAGAGUGGGCUCUGUUUGGCCAACUCAUGGUAACCUUCCGUGACGGCUUCCACAUUUCUUCCCUUGGGCCACAAGCGCCUGACCACGGAGGUCGCCAGGGAGGCAUUGUGCCGAAGGUCGAAGAGGUCGGAUAUUCGAACCGCUGGUAUGAACGUAUCGCACAGGACACGGGGGAUCACUACAAGGUGCCCAAGACAUCGGGCCAAGUGCAAGCGCUGGAGCAGACGAAGCUGCGCACCUUGAGCAGAGGAAUCGCCGCACGGGAUGCGAAAUCGCCUGCUGGCCUGCAUCUUGAGCUGGUAGUCUGA